CACUUCCCAAUUCAUUCUAUGGAGAAGGCAUUAAUGGCCUUCAGGGAUGUGGCUGUGGCCUUCACCCAAAAGGAGUGGAAGUUACUGAGUCCUGCUCAGAGGACCCUGUAUCGGGAUGUGAUGCUGGAGAACUACAGCCACUUGGUGUCACUGGGAAUUGCCUUUUCCAAACCCAAGCUCAUCACACAGCUGGAGCAAGGGGAUGAGCCCUGGAGAGAGGAGAGUGAAUGUCUUCUGGACCUUUGUCCAGAACCAGGGACAGAAUUCCGGCCAUGGGGCCAUUCCUGCCCGGUGACCUUUUCCAGUACCCAGUUCCUCGAACAGUAUGUGCUGUGUGGUCACCUUCCUCAGAUCUUCCCAAGCUCAUACGCAGGAAGCCCCAUCCCAAUGGAAGCUCCAAACUGCUCAAGUGAACAAGCGGACGAUGGAGACAUGGAGGGGAGACUCCGGCUGAGUGGGGUUUCCAGGGUGCUCUUCAGACCCUCUCAGGACUGGCCAGUAGACUGGGUAGAAGGCAACAGAGCUGGGCAUCCUGAGGAGGCAGGCCUUGCAGCAUCUGAGGCAACCAUGUGUGGAAAAUACAGACUGGGACUUGGUACCAAAUCUAGCUUCUUGAGCCUCCAGAAGCAUCAUGUAUGCCCUGAAUGUGGCAGAAGCUUCUGUCAGAAGUCAGACCUCACCAAGCACCAGAGGACACACUCAGGGGAGAAGCCUUACAGGUGUAGAGAGUGUGGGCGAGGCUUUGGCCGCAAGUCCUCCCUCACCAUCCACCAGAGGAAACACUCAGGGGAGAAGCCUUAUGUGUGCCGGGAGUGUGGGCGCCACUUUAGGUACACUUCCUCACUUACCAACCACAAGAGGAUACACUCUGGGGAGAGGCCCUUUGAAUGUCAGGAAUGUGGGCGAGGUUUUCGCCAAAAGAUUGCCCUCAUCCUGCAUCAGAGGACACACUUGGAGGAGAAGCCCUUUGUGUGUCCUGAAUGUGGGAGAGGCUUCUGCCAGAAGGCAUCACUCCUCCAACAUCGCAGCUCACAUUCGGGCGAAAGGCCCUUCUUGUGCCUUGAGUGUGGGCGUGGCUUCAGGCAGCAGGCACUACUCCUCAGUCAUCAAGUCACACACUCAGGGGAGAAGCCUUAUGUCUGUGCUGAGUGUGGGCAUGGCUUUCGCCAGAAGGUUACCCUUGUCAGACACCAGAGGACGCACACAGGAGAAAAGCCUUACCUGUGCCCAGAGUGUGGGCGUGGCUUUAGCCAGAAGGUCUCCCUCAUGGGACACCAGAGGACACACACAGGGGAGAAGCCUUACCUGUGCCCGGAGUGUGGGCGUGGCUUUGGUCAAAAGGUCACCCUCAUCAGACACCAGAGGACGCACACAGGGGAGAAGCCUUAUCUGUGUCCGGAGUGUGGACGCACCUUUGGCUUCAAGUCACUCCUCACCAGACAUCAGAGGACACACUUAGAGGAGGCGGCUGAUGUGUAUGGAGUAUGUGAGCAAGGACUUGGCCAGAAGUCUCACUUCACCUCUGACCAGAGGGCACACACAGUGGGGAAGCCAUGUGUGUGCAGUGAAUGUGGGCGAGGCUUCGGCUUCAGGUCAGCCCUUAUCAGACACCAGCGCACCCACUCAGGAGAGAAGCCAUAUGUGUGCAGGGAAUGCGGUCGAGCCUUUAGCCAGAAGUCUCACCUUCACAGACACAGGAGGACCAAGUCUGGCCAUCGCCUCCCACCUCAAGAGCUGCUCUCCUGACCUUUCCUUUCCUCUUGAGUGUGAAGAUGGCAGAAAGCACUAGGAGAUGUUCCACUUUCCUCAGAUGCAGUGGAGGAAAAAAUGUGUUCUUUCAGUGAUUGGAAGAUAGUUGAUUUAUGGUUUACUUUAUGUGCUAGCAAUGUGUUUUAAUUUGCUAGGGCUGCCAUAAAGAAACACCACAAAUUUGAUGGCCAAAGAACAAUUCAAACUUGAUGGCCAAAGAACAAUUUUCUCACAGUUCUUGGGACUGGAAGUCCAAGAUCAGUGUGUGCACUUUGGUUUCUACCGAAGCCUCUCUCCUCCGUUGGCACAUGCCUACAUCCUCGCAUGGUCUUUGUGCACUUGUUCUAAGGACAACAGCCUUACUGGGUUAGGGCCC